AUGGCACAUCCUCUCUCCAGAACUUGCCAUUCACUUUUAACCCCACGUAUUUACUUGGUUCCUAGGAAUUUGACACUUGGUGCCACACGUCAACCUCUAGAAUCCCCUGAAGAUACUCAAACAACUGAGGAAGAAGAAGUAGGUAGCCAAGAGCAUGUGGUGAUCAUUCCCAUUCAAGAAGUGAUUCCUCAAGCACAGAAGGUUUCAACUAAUUCUGACAUCACCACUGAAAACAAAGCUGAGCAAGAGAAUAAUACUCAUCAAGAUGGUGGAGUCCAAAAUCAAGAGGAAGAGCAAAAGGGAGUAGUGAAUGAGGAAGCCAAAGAGGAGAAGAAUAAGAGUAAGACCGCAAAAGAGCAAAAUGGAAAGGAGAAAAAAAGAGGGAGAAAAAAGAGAAAUAUUGAAGGGUACCAGAGGUAUGUGUAUGGGGUGUUGAAGCAAGUGCACCCUGAAAUGGGAAUUUCUUCCAAGUGCAUGACUGCUCUGAACAACUUGAUGAAUGACAUGUUUGAGAGGCUGACUUUUGAGGUUUCUAAGCUGACGGACUACACUGGACACAUGACAUUGUCUUCAAGGGAGAUUCAAGGAGUAGUGAGGCUGGUUCUCCCAGGAGAGCUUGAAAAGCAUGCUAUUGCUGAAGGGGUCAAAGCUGUUAACAACUACACAUCCUAUGAUGCAUGA